AUGGAGAAACAAAAAGAGAAGAAGAGAAAAGUCUCGUCCUUUCCUAUAGAUCUAACUUCAGAGAUACUCUUAAAGCUGCCUGAGAAAUCUAUUGCGAGGUUUCGUUGCGUGUCAAAGCUUUGGUUAUCAAUCACCACCGAUCCAUAUUUCAUCAAGUUGUUCGAAACUCGGAACUCACGUCCAUGUCUUUUGGUUUGCUUCGUCCAACAUGGCAAGUUAUUUGUUUCCUCGAUUCUUCAGAACUCUAAAAGGUCGUCGUACUCUUGUUCUUCUCAACCUAUUGAUCUUUACCAUUUCAAAUCCCCAAUAAACCAUAUCUUGCCCCCUACGGAAUCUGUCCAAGGCUUGUUUUGCUUUCAAGAAUCAGCAACCCCUAUAGUUUGUAACCCUAGCACGAGAGAGAUCUUAACUUUACCAAAACCUAGAAUGAGCUGGAAGAAUGUAACAGUUUUUUUAGGAUACGAUCCUGUUGGAGGUGAACACAAAGUAAUGUGCAUGCCUUAUGAAACAAGUUCUGAUACGUGUCGUGUCUUAACAUUGGGAUCUGCUAAAAAACUAUGGAGAACAGUCAAAACUGAACCUAGUCAUUGUUCUACCUGUCAUACUAGUGGGAGAUGCAUCAAAGGAGUCGUAUAUUAUACAGCCUAUGUUUAUCGUACCCGUGUUUGGGUUAUAAUGAGCUUUGAUGUCAGAUUUGAAAAGUUUGGUAUGAUUCAUUUACCAUAUGAUCGUGUUCAUAUGUAUCCGCUCAUAGCUUAUAAGGGGACGUUAGCUUUUGUUAUAACAGAGAUCACGAACACGAAGGAUGGUAAGAAAAUUACACUAUGCGUUUUGGAAGAUGUAGAGAAACACAAGUGGUCGAGUAAAUGCUUUAUUGGGUUUAUGUGGCGCAUUGGUGAGACUUUGCAUUUUCCUAAAGUAAUAGGUUGCACUGAGGUUGGUGAGUUUAUUUGCGUGAUAGCCACGUCUCUAAAUACAAAUCUAUUGUUUUAA